AUUGCAUUGCAUUCACAGUUUGGAUUUGUGACUCAGUCUUCACUUCAACUUGGUCCGUAGCUUUUGUGCCCAACAAUUUUUGUGGUAUAAAUUGGAAACAAUUUUUAUAUUGUUGUCACUAAAGGAGGAAAUUUCCUGCGUAUCUAGUCGGUUGGACGAUUAUUUCUUGUGUGGAAGGAAAGAGUCAAGUUGAACUAAAAUGGCUUCAGGCGUUACCGUGUCCGACACUUGCAAAACAACCUACGAGGAGAUUAAGAAGGAUAAAAAACACCGAUAUGUUGUUUUCGAAAUUAAGGAUGAGAAGCAGAUUGAUGUGGAAACCAUAGGCUCCCGAGAUGCUGCAUACGACCAAUUUUUGGAAGAUCUUCAGAAAGGGGGCAGUGGGGAUUGCCGAUAUGGAUUGUUUGACUUUGAGUACACACAUCAGUGUCAAGGAACCACGGAGGCUUCCAAGAAACAAAAACUGUUCCUCAUGUUGUGGUGUCCCGAUGCUGCAAAGAUAAAGAAGAAAAUGUUGUACUCGUCCAGUUUUGAUGCCUUGAAGAAGGCCUUAGUCGGCGUACAAAAGUACAUUCAAGCUACCGAUGCAUCAGAAGCAGCGAUGGAAGCUGUCGAGGAAAUUUUACGAGCAACAGAUCGUAAUUGAUUCAAGUCAUAAUUGCAACAAGAAUGACUGUCACUUCUUAAAAUUGUAUUUAUAACUUUGGUAUUAUGAAGAACUGUUUUUUGAUUUAUGAACAAGAAUGAAUAAGAAGAUAAGACUUGAAAGUGUGGGGUUUGACUUCAAUUUCUGAAAUUGUACUGUUUACUUAUGAAAUACCUGCAAUAAUUUAUAAACCAUUAUUUGGUUAUCACUUUGUUUGUCAUUCUCGGCCUGUUUUUUUGUUAUUUGAUUCAACAAUGAAAUGAAAUUAAGUAAUAAACAACAUUUUAAUAGAGAAAA